AUGUCUCCAUCAUUUGAUUCUCCCACAGAGACAUCGUCUCAGUCCAAUCGUCUAUCCGUUGUUGUGACUGGCGGUGCAAGUGGUAUUGGCUUAGCCGUCACUUCCUACUUCGCCUCCCAAGGUCAUAUGGUAGCUGUUCUUGACGUAAACUCAAAGACAGGCCCUGAUGAGAUUGCACGAGUGGCAAAGGAUUACCCCAGAUCCACAAUCACCUUUAAAUGGUGCGAUGUUUCUUCAUGGGAAGGACAGUAUGCAGUCUUUGAUCAAGUCUACCGCGAACAUGGGAAUCGAAUCGAUAUUGCCAUUGCCAACGCAGGUAUCUCCGAUCCAGUAGUUGGAGCUCUUGAUUGUACUCCGACAGAGUUUCCAAGGAAACCUCAACUGAGGAUGCAGGACAUUAAUCUGAAUGGUGUGAUAUAUAGCGUCAGUCUUGCUGUGCACUAUAUGCUCAAGAACGAAAUAGGAAGCCGUCUCCCGGAUUCCAGAGGCUCCAUCGUUUGCACAUCAUCAUCAGCAGCCUUCUAUCCAUUCCCAGUCUCUCCACUCUAUUCGACUUCCAAGGCCGGCAUUGUAGGUCUCGUCCGUUCUAUGGCGGUUAGACUUGAAGAGCCCAAAAUCCAAAUCAACGCUCUCGCACCAGGCGCUUUGGAGACGAACAUCGCUCCGGAUAAGGACCUCUUUAAGCACAUGGUGAUCACGCCAAUGUCCACUUUGAUCAAAGCCGUUGAGCAAUUCGUGACGCAACCAUCCAGGACCGGGGAGGUUGCUGAAUUGAAUGAGGAAACUAUUACGAUGAGACCUCCUGUGGAAUAUGCUAAUGCUGGGGCGGAGCAUAACAACAAGAUGUUUUGGAAGCUGGGUUACGCUUGA